AUGGCGUCUGCAGGAGGCCCCGCGAGCAUCAUCACCCAGGUGUCGCAGUCGAGUGGGGGACCACCGAUCAACACACUGGGUGCUUCGGGCACCGACGAGAACAUCACCCUCGAGCUCAGAGGAACCCGCUUCACCCUGUCACGCGACGAGCUGCUGACUCUGCCCGAGUUUGUUCUGCUCUCGCUCUUCCCCAAUGGCCUGCUUCCAGACGGCCACAUGAACUCCUACCACGAUGGAGAUGUAUACCCAGUCGACGUUGGUACCCCCGAUUCUCCUUCCCCUCCCACCAGUCCACCCCUAGGCCCAGUUGCCAAGAUUGUGUACCACCUCUCCAACCCCGCAUUAUACUUAUCUGACAAUCUCUAUCCUUCACAGUACGAUCCGACAUCCCUGCACUACAUGCUGGACUUUUUCCGAAAUGUAGCCCAGACCAUCCCCGCGUCGCCUCCCUCGCCGACUGCCGCCCCCGACCACGCUGCUGAAGCGGUGCCCAUUGAACCCACCCCAGGUUCCGCCAGGGACAUGCUGCAGGACCGUGCUGGCAUCAUCGUUCUGCGUGAGGAUCUCGACUUCUAUGUCAUCCCACCCUACCGCGACAUCACCCAGCCAGAGAUGCUCGAUGUCAAGCGGGCUGCAGGAGAGGCAUUGCUCGGACAGGGCGGUAUCUUCUCAGGUCUCAGGAAAAGCGAGGAGCCAGGAACCACAGAACAGCACCUCAUUGAGAUGCUGACUGCGGGUGGCUUCAACCACAACGACCACUGGGGCCACCGCUCUGGAGAGCCAAACAAAGCAGUCAUCUGCAGCAUCGCUCUUGCACGCCUACGCACCGACAUCAAGGGUAACGACCUUGCUAACAGCAACGCUGUCGGAAUGGCACAGAAGCUGCUUCUCUUCUGGAGGAAGCCAGCUCGCCGAUGCUGGUGGGAGGGUGUUGAGCUCGACAACGUCAAGGGUGUCGAGGGCAAGCUCAAGGUGUGGAUUAGGAGAGUAUGGACGCUCGAAAUGGUAAGAGUUCUCGAUCGAUGA